GGUUCAUUUGUUCACUUCCAUGAAAAAUCUUAUGAUUAUAUGAUUAUGUUCUCUUGUUGAUUACUAUAUACUACUAAUUAUUUAGUUCUCUUCUAUCCUUUUAGUUUUGUUUAUUGAUCAAUGUAGUAUUAGAGAGGUUUUGAUUCUGUGUGACAACAAGUAGUAAAAAAGAUUAGGGGUGUUAUUAGCUUGAGCAAAUGCAUUAUCUUUUUGUCCGGGUAGUGAAGGGUAGAGAUUUACCUGCAAAACAUCAUACGGGUCGUCUUGAUCCUUAUGUUGAGAUUAAGCUUGGUUCCUCAGUGGUAUAGAUUGGAGGAUAGAAGAGGGUAUAAGUUCAAAGGGGAGUUGCUUUUGGCUCUUUGGACGGGUACUCAAGCUGAUGAACCGUUUCCUGAAGCUUGUCAUUCAGAUGAUGCCCUUGCAAAUAUAAGAUCUAAGUUGUACCUCUUGCCAAAGCUCUGUUACCUGAGAGUUGACGUGUGUGAGGCACAGGACUUGAUUCCAAGUGAUGAAUAUAGGCUUCCAGAAGUUUUCGUAAAGGUCAGCCUUGGAACUCAGACACGCUGUACAAAGGUUUCCAAGAGAGAGACUUUCAAUCCCCUAUGGAAAGAGUCUUUGAUGCUUGUAGCAGUUGAACCAUUUCAUGAGCUAUUGAUUUUGACUGUGGAAGAUAAAGUUGCGCCAGGCAAGGAUGAGGUUCUUGGAAGGUGUGUCAUUCCUUUGUCAGAUAUGGAGAUGAGGUUGGAUGAUCAGAAACCUGUGAGCUGCAAGUGGUAUAGACUUGUGAAGCAGGAUACAGUUGAGGGAGAAAAGGAGGACAAAAUCAGGUUUGUUGGCUGGAUUCUCAUGAGGAUAUGUCUGGAGGGAGGUUACCAUGUUCAGGACGAGUCUACCUGUUACAGUAGUGAUCUUAGAACAACCGCAAAACACUUGUGGACAUCCAGUAUUGGUGUCCUUGAAUUGGGUAUUCUGAAUGCUCAGGGCCUCAAGCCAAUAAAGAUAAAAGAUGGGCAAGCGACUACAGAUGCCUAUUGUGUUGCCAAAUAUGGGGUAAAGUGGGUUGCAACUAGGACAAUUACCGAUAGCCUUUCUCCCACAUUGAAUGAGCAUUACACUUGGGAAGUAUUUGACCCUUGCACUGUUUUAACUAUAGGUGUAUUUGAUAAUUGCCAUCUGCAAGGAGGAGAUAAAUCUGAAGGUGCAAAGGACUCCAGGAUUGGAAAGGUUAGGAUUUGUCUGUCCACGCUUCAAACAGGCAGGGUCUAUGCACUUUCUUAUCCGUUAAUGCUCUUCGAUAUUACUGGGGUGACAAAGGCAGAUGAAUCCUACUUGAUGCAUCAGGCCCAGCAGAUUAUCAUUAUGAGACUGAAUCAUGCUGAUCCACCUAUUGGGAAAGAGGUAGUGGAGUAUAUGUUAGACACAGACUCUUCCUUGUGGAGUAUAAGAAAAUGCAGGGUUAACUUUUUCAGGCUUAUGGCUAUUUUAGAGGCUGUAGCAAAAAGAUUUGAUCAAAUAUGUAAUUGGAGAAACCCCAUUACAACUUUUCUGAUCCAUAUCUUGUUCAUCAUACUGGUACUAAAUCCAAAACUUAUUCCACCAACUUUUUUUCUCUCUCUCUCCUUGAUCAGUGUCUGGAACUACAGAACGAAGCCAAUGCAUCCUCCACUUACAGAUACUUGUCUUUCAUGUGCUGAUACUGCUCUUCCUGAUGAAUUAUCUGAGGAAUUUGAUGGUUUUCCCACUUCAGUUUCUCCUGAUAUUAUUAGCAUGAGUAUGACCGUCUGAGAAUGAUUGGAGGGAGAAUUCAGACUGUGGUUGGUGACUGGGCUACUCAAGGGGAGAGGCUUCUAUCUUUGCGGAGCUGGAGAGAUCCUAGGGAAACAACAGUGUUUUUGAUUUUCUGCUUGGUUGUUCCAUUUUGUUCAUUGUCACGCCUUUCCGAGUUGUGACUCUCUUGACUGGAUUUUAUACAUUGAGACAUCCGUGGUUCCUCUUCAAGCUUCCGUCUAUGACA